AGUUCACAUGGAAAUAUUAAUUGUUUGAAAAUUCUCAUGUCUGAGCUCAAACUUUGAUCUCCAGGGAGGUGAGCUUCUGUUUUCCUAUAAAUACUACCUCCAGACCUCACACUUUCCCACACCACUAUCAAUAUUCUCUUAGCUUCUUCCACAUUUCAAUCUCCUCAUUUUAAGCUUUUUAUUCCUCAUCAUGGGUGUGUUCACUUAUGAAACCGAGUUCACCUCUGUCAUCCCACCACCAAGACUCUACAAGGCCUUUGUUCUUGAUGCUGAUAACCUCAUCCCCAAGAUUGCGCCACAGGCUGUGAAGAGUGCCGAAAUCGUUCAAGGUGAUGGAGGUGUAGGAACCAUCAAGAAGAUUCACCUCGGUGAAGGAAGCGAGUACAGCUACGUGAAACACCAGAUUGAUGGACUUGACAAAGACAACUUUGUUUACAACUACAGCAUCAUUGAAGGUGAUGCUAUUGGAGACAAGGUUGAGAAAAUCUCGUACGAGAUCAAGUUGGUGGCAUCUCCAAGUGGAGGCUCCAUCAUCAAGAGCACAAGCCACUACCAUUGCAAGGGUGAGGUUGAGAUCAAGGAAGAGCAUGUCAAGGCCGGAAAAGAAAGGGCCGCUGGUUUGUUCAAGAUCAUUGAGAACCAUCUUUUGGCCAACCCCGAGGCCUACAACUAAAUCGAACUAUGAUAAUGCUACUGCAUUAUAAUAUUCUGUUGUGUCCUGUUUGUUUUGUCAUUUGGUGUCGCUUUGAUAUUUUUUCCCUUUCCUUUCCUACCAAGCCUGGGAUUGUUUUGGCUUGCACUUCGAGUUAUGGUAAAUUGUAAUGUCACAUUGGAUUUCGUUUAAAAAGUAAAGAAUAAAACGUAUGUUCCUCUUUAUACUAA